AUGACUAUGGGGGACUGGAAUUUGCUGGGCAGCAUCUUAGAGGAAGUUCAUCUCCAUUCCACCAUCGUGGGCAAAAUCUGGCUCACCAUCCUCUUCAUCUUUCGCAUGUUGGUUCUCGGUGUGGCUGCCGAAGAAGUCUGGGAUGACGAGCAAGAGGAGUUUGUUUGCAACACCGAGCAGCCGGGUUGCAACAACAUCUGCUAUGAUAAAGCUUUCCCCAUCUCCCUGAUCCGCUACUGGGUGCUCCAGGUCAUCUUUGUCUCGUCUCCUUCGCUUGUUUAUAUGGGCCACGCCAUUUAUAGACUGCAAGCCCUUGAGAAAGAGAGGCAGUGGAAGAAAGCUCGCCUCAAAGAGCAGCUCAAAGAGAUAGAACCUAUCAUGGGAGAUCAUCGGAGGAUAGAGAGGCAGCUGAAGAAGCUGGAAGAACAAAAGAAAGCAAGCAAGCCUCCCUUGCAAGGGGCUUUGAUGUGGACCUAUAUCCUUCAUAUCUUGACCCGAUCGGUCUUAGAAGUGGGGUUCAUGGUGGGCCAGUAUCUUUUAUAUGGGUUUCAAAUGCAUCCGCUGUAUAAGUGCACCCUUCCACCCUGCCCCAACACUGUGGACUGCUUUGUGUCCAGACCAACAGAAAAAACAAUCUUCAUGGUCUUUAUGCAGAGCAUUGCAGCCGUUUCACUCUUUCUGAAUAUCUUGGAGAUUGUUUAUUUGGGGAUUAAGAAGAUUAGAAACACCCUUUGCAGGAAGUCCAAGAAGAAGCUAAUGACGGCAGAGGAGGACGUUAUCUUUAAUUUCCCCAAGAAAAAUUCAAUGAUCCAGCAGAUUUGCAACCUGAGUGAUUCAUCCUACCAGGAUAGUUACAAAUUUAGAUCAGAGGAACAAGGGAGACUACCCGUCUCCUUGAAUCUUGAAGAAGGAUAUAUGCUUACUGAACAAAACCAGCACCCGGGCAAUGGGGAGCAACAGUGGCGCAGAAACUGCAGGAGCUGGCCCAGUCAGUAUCAAGACCAACCACAUCCUUCUUAUGGGCAUCUCGGAUAUCCCAAUGGGAACGGACAGCAUCAACACAGGCUGUUCCCCAGGCAUUAUACAAACUUCAUGAGUCAAUGCCAUAACGAUGAGCAUCUGAUUGCGCCCUGCAGCACCGACAACAUUCCAGUGGAAGCAGGGCAGGCUGUCGACCUCUACAGAAAGCAUGACUCCAACGCCUCAGAUGAAUCCAAGACCCUUCCACAUGCUUCUAAAAUUUCCAUAGUAUCCAACCCCAGGGAGAGCCCUCAAGCAAUCUUUCGGAAGCAAAGCUGGGAAGUUGGCAGCAAGGACUUAGGAGAUGAUAAUGGCAGCUCUCCAAACACCAUGCCUUACCAGAACCACAACGCCAGCCUUUUACCCAGAAUGCUGUCCGAGAGCCAGCUGGAUAUCAACUCAGUGACCUCAGAUUCACAGAAUGGUUCAGUCUUGGAAGCUAAAUGGCCAGAGGACAGCAGCCCUCCUAUCACACAUUCAUUUUCCUCCACAAGGGGGCGCAGAAUGUCAAUGGCAAGUAAACCCAAGCAACCUUUCUGCUAUACUGCUAUAUUCUGCUAUACUAUAGUGUGA